AACACCAAAACAAGUGGAAGGGACCAUUCACUGCUCAUCGCUUACUGCUUCUCUGCUCAUGGCUUGAGGAGGAGAUGCUCACAGCAGAUUGAGCGCCAUAUUUUCACCAGAAUAUAUCGGUACCAUGAGAAUAUAAGGACCUUAAUGACCUCGGUUGUCCCCUUGUCUCGGGAUAUAUCUGCAGCAAUGUUGAGCACCACCAGCAGCAAGCUGAAUGUAUUGGUCAACAAACUACACGAGUACUUGGCUCACUCCACUGUCGAGGACAGCAAUGGCACACCACCCUCAGAGAAUGCUGAUGGUCUGACAAACAGUCGCUGUUCUGUUGGAAACUCAACUGGUCAUGCUACAACAGAGGCAGGACUGGAUACCAGAUACUCAAGGAGAAAACCUACUGUUGUCAUAAAGCACUCUGGACUCGAUGAAUCUGGGGACUCAAAUGCAAGCGAGGACCUGGAGUUACCACUCAUCGUAAAUGGCCACCUUGAUAUCAAUAGAUUGCCGAAAGGCACUGUAAUGGUGAGGCCUGAACCUGUUGAUAAUGGAAGAGAUGACUUCAGGGGUCCAGAGUUUCGCAGCCGGAAAUCAGGUGUGCUGCGGAAAGAGUUUUCCAGAAAACGUGGAGGAGGGGAACACAUGGAAAUUGUCAGUUGCACCGCAUGUGGCCGACAAGUUAACCACUUCCAGAGAGAGUCCCUCUUUCGACAUCCAGCUCUGAAAGUACUCAUUUGCAAGUCUUGCUACAAGUAUUACCAAAGUGAUGACAUCAGCAAGGAUGGAGAUGGAAUGGAUGAACAAUGCAGGUGGUGUGCUGAAGGAGGCAACUUGAUAUGUUGUGAUUACUGUAGCAAUGCCUUCUGCAAGAAGUGUAUUCUUCGAAAUUUGGGAAGGAAGGAGCUGUCUGGCAUCUUGGAGAGCAAGUGGUACUGCUAUGUGUGUAGCCCGGAGCCCCUGUUUGACCUGGUGGUGGCCUGUGACAAUAUCCUUGAGAACAUCGAGAAUCUGUGGAAUCAGCAUCGCAGGAGGAACCGAGUCGACCCAAUAAAGUCUGAACUUUACCGCAUGUUGCCGCACUUGCAACAAAACGUUCCUUUGGAUAAAUGGGAUCACACUGGUAUGGAUGGUAAUGUGGUGUUCAACUAUAGCACACUGCAGGUUUCCAAGGAUAUCACCAAAAAGGCCAAACAUUUAGUGGACUCAACAAACAUCUUAAACCGAACAUUUGUCAAUUUCAUUCAUUCUGUGACGACGACGAAACAAACACCUGGUGUUCGCCACCUAUAUCUGACCUCUUUUUUGUCUGUAAUUAAAGGCUUGAGAAAAUCACUUGCAGCGCUUGAGGAAAGCCUUAAGGAAGAGUUCAGUGACUUGGAUAUCUCAAGCUAUUUGGAAAAGUUCCUUUCUGAUGACUCUGAUACACAAUUGGUGCCAGAAGGAGUCACAGAGCUGGGUAUCUCUGAUGCAAGAUACUUGAGUGGCUUGCAGAAACUGGCAGAGGAACAUUUGAUGGAUGAUGAUUCUGACUCCAAGGGAUUAGCAGAUCGGAGAAGUGCACACAACUGUGCCAGGGAAGGCAUUUAUUCAGACUCAGAGGAAGCCAGACAGAGGGCACAAAAGACUGGCAUGAAUCCUUCCGAAGGUGGUGUCAACAUCACUAAAAAACUAGUUGUAAAACUUACACCUGUUGCUAUGGAACAGGAGCCGUCCUCUGAUGAACCAAAGAUGGAGGGUGACACCCACAUGAUGGAUAAGUCAGAGGGAAAGGAUUCAUCAGAAGAUGACGAGACAGGUGGUGCUAAAACUGACAGCAAGAUGAGCAACGACAACUCUAGUGCAUCUCUACACAUAGAAGAAGAGCAUGGCAAUAGGCGGUCUCCUCGUGUGAAGACAACACCUUUGCGUCGACAAAGUGAUGUCAAGGGCAAACCGCCUGUUUCGGCAGCAGACAGUGACAGUGACUCUGACCCUGAGGAAAGUUCAAGCACAGUACCAGCCAAAAACCCUGAAGAACAAAGUCUGAGCAGAGCAAGGGACGACUCUGACUCUGAUGAAGUCCCUGCAGCUCUGCUUGAGCGAGCAGCUUUGUCACAAAGCUCUGAUGAGCCCCAGAGUGAUGAUGAUGGGGGAAAAGCAACAACUAAGGUAGCCAAAAAGUGUCUGUUUUGGCUGACGAAGAACACCCCGAUCUCACCGGAGAAGAUGCGCCGCAAACGGAAGAUGCUGGACCGUUCCUCUGAGUCCGACGCAAGCAACAGACGAGUAAAGUCUAGAAGGGAAUGUGGGACAGAUUCCUCUAGUGAUGAUCAGGACUCACAGAAGAAAAUACAACACUUGAAUACACUGAGGUCAAUGGGGAAGCCUCACCUCGUCAAAAGAGAGGACGAAGGCACGGCUAGACAGCAGGGUCGGAUGCAGGCUGCGAAGUCUAAGACUAAGUCUCGUCAGGAAGUUACUGAGUCGUCAUCUUCAUCAAGUGAAGAUUCUAAUGAGGAUGACUCUGGGAGUGAGGGGAGUGAUCAGAAGAUGAAGCCAAUCACUGAAGAUGUGGCCUUAAUGGGAGCAGCAGCAUUCCACCAAUCAUCAGGAGAUGAGGAGCAGUCUGGGCCCUCGUGGGCAGCAGAAGAUGAUGACGAUCCUGAAAAUAGAAUCGCUAAGAACAUGCUAUUGGCCCAAAUCAAUCUGCCCUCUUCAGAUGAGGAAACGCAGGAGGAUGAUUCUGAGUCGGAGGGUGAGAAGGCAGUCAAACAAAGCAAAGACGAUAGUGGAGCUGAUGAAAAUGCAGGGGAAGAUUUGGCUUCAGAACCAUCUGACACCAUGUCUGAGGGGCCCGGUGCCAGGCACCAUCUUCUCCGCCACAAACUAACCUUAGACGAGGGACCAUCAAGUGACAAGGCCGCAGCAGAGGGUGAAGAAGAAGGAGAAGAAAAUGAGAGCAAGCGAGGAGCCAGAAAGAAACAACAGAGCUCUGAUAGUGAAAGUGAUGGAUACAGCACCGAGUUAUUCCCAGAAGAUGAUGGCAUGAGCGAGGAGCUGAGUCAGUCAGAGGAUGAAUUUGAUGACGAUGGACCCAAAAGCUCCAGAUCAUCCACUAAAGUGAAGAAGUCACCAAAGAAACAAGUGCCCUGCAUUUGGUUGUCCGACUCCAGCAUUGACAAGAGUGACAAUGAGGAUGGCGACGGGGAGACGAGCGACAGUAAAGGCACGCCCAAAGGACGCAAAAAGAUCCGCAAAAUCAUCGAGGUUGAGAAUCUCCGCGCAGAGACCCAGGAAGCCCUCAGAGAGGAGGAGGAGAGAUGUAAACGUCUGGCAGAUAGGGACAGCCAGAUGGAGGACAGGAGAGAGAUAAUUGAAGUACCGGAUGAACUGUCUCAAGUGGUGUGUCCCGUCACCACCAAGCUGGUCCUGGAUCAGGACGAGGAGACAAAGGAGCCGCUUGUUCAGGUGCACAGGAACCUGGUGACGAGCCUGAAGCCUCACCAGGUGGACGGCGUCCAGUUUAUCUGGGACAGCUGUUGUGAGUCUGUGAAGAAGGCCAACUCUUCUCCUGGAUCAGGCUGUAUACUGGCACACUGCAUGGGCCUGGGAAAAACUCUGCAGGUGGUAGCGUUCCUCCACACGGUGCUGCUGUCAAAGAACCUGAAGUUCAGAACGGCGCUGGUCGUUUGUCCACUGAACACCAUCCUCAACUGGAUCAGCGAGUUCACGAAAUGGCAGAACAACAUGGGACGGGAUAAAGUGAAAGUUACAGAGCUGGCUACAGUGAAGAAUCCUCCAGAGCGACUCAGAGCUCUGCAGACAUGGCAGAGAGACGGAGGUGUCAUGAUAAUGGGCUACGAGAUGUAUCGCAACCUGUCACUGUGCCGCAGAAUCACAGAUGAGGCGUCAAGGAAAGAGAUGAAGAGCGUGCUGGUGGAUCCAGGUCCAGACUUUGUGGUUUGUGACGAGGGGCACAUCCUGCGCAAUGAAGCGUCCGGUGUCUCCAAAGCUAUGAAUGCCAUCAAGACCAGAAGAAGAGUGGUGCUGACUGGCACGCCGCUACAAAACAACCUGCUUGAGUAUCACUGCAUGGUUAAUUUCAUCAAGAAGAAUCUUCUGGGCUCACUCGGCGAGUUCCGGAACCGCUUCAUCAACCCCAUACAGAACGGCCAGUGUGCCGACUCCACGCCGAGAGACGUGCGGAUCAUGAAGAAGCGAGCACACGUACUUCACGCCAUGUUGGCUGGAUGUGUGCAGAGAAGAGAUUACUCUGAGCUGACUCAGUUUCUGCCUCCCAAACAUGAGUAUGUGCUGGCGGUGAGGAUAUCCCCUCUUCAGUAUCAGCUGUACCGCUGCUACCUGGAUCAUGUCACUGGUGUGGAUUCUCAGACAAACACAACUAAGGCGCGGACCGGAGCGAACCUGUUCAAGGACUUUCAGGUGCUCAGCCGUAUUUGGACCCAUCCCUGGUGCCUUCAGCUCAGCUACAUCAGCAGAGAGAACAAGGGACAUUUUAAAAAGAAGGAUCAAGUGAAGGCAGCAGCUCUGCUGGGACCUGAAACCACUGAGGCUGCGACAGCACUGAGAGAGAAUCAAGGAGGAGAAGGGGCCGUCGGUAACAGCACUGCCGAUGUUUCCAGUGGAGCUCCAGCAGCAGCACAAGGAGAGAUGGCAGCUGUCAGCUCGAGGUCUCAGAGUCUAGACGAGGGCUGGUUCAAGAAUCUGCUGUCUGAAGGAGACGCCAAAAUCCUGGAGCACUCGGGGAAGAUGGUGCUGCUGUUUGAGAUCCUCAGAAUGGCUGAAGACCUGAAUGACAAAGUGCUGGUGUUCAGUCAGUCCUUGAUCUCGCUAAACCUGAUCGAGACUUUCCUCGAGGCUUCUCACUUUGCCAGAAAGUCAUCGUCAUUCAAAGCGGGCAGCUGGAUAAAAAACGUCGAUUACUAUCGUCUCGACGGAUCCACCCCUGCUCCACUGAGAAAGAAAUGGACGGAGCAGUUCAACGAUCCUGCCAAUUUCCGCGGCCGAUUGUUUCUCAUCUCAACGAGAGCCGGUUCACUUGGCAUCAACCUGGUUGCUGCCAACAGGGUCAUCAUCUUUGAUGCCUCGUGGAAUCCCUCGUAUGACUUGCAGAGCAUAUACAGAGUGUACCGCUUCGGCCAGCUCAAACAAGUCUUUGUGUACCGCUUCCUGGCUCAGGGCACCAUGGAGGAAAAGAUCUAUGAUCGCCAGGUGACCAAGCAGUCUUUGUCCAAUCGAGUGGUGGAUCAGCAGCAGAUUGAGAGGCACUUCACCCUCUUUGAACUGACUGAACUUUACACAUUUGAGCCAGACCUGCUGGACAACCCAAACUCCAAGAAAAGCAAGAGAACCACUGCUGUUGUGCCAAAGGAUGAAGUCCUGGCAGAGCUAUUAGAAAUCUGUAAAGACCAGAUAGUGUCUUUCCACGAGCAUGAAUCUCUGCUGGACCAUAAAGAAGAGGAGGAGCUCAGUGAGGCGGAACGCAAAGCCGCCUGGGCUGAGUUCGAGGCCGAGUCAAACACAGCCAGCCUUCUGGCAGGCUCGAGCCAGAGCAGCUUGGAAAUGAAGACCAAUGAACAGCUAUUGGAGCUGCUCAACAAGAGCAGAGCGAGUGUAUCGGAGGCCUUCCUGUCACUGCAGAAGAUGAGACUCUACACCAUCGAUCAGUACAAGUUACUACUGAGGCAGCAGUAUCCUCAGCUGCAGGAGGCCGAGGUCCAGACCAAGGCUCAGGACUGGAAAGGGUGGGACGAGAAGGUGAAGGAACGCAGAGAGGCCAUUUAUCGAGACAGUCUCACGCAGCAGCGAUCACUCACACUGAGCAUUCAGGCCAUAUUCAACAGUCGGAGAAUUCAAGUGAUGCAGAUGGCCGGGGCCGCCGUCAACCAGCCUGGACAGACCUGAGGAAAAUAAUCAUGUUUUAGUGAAAGAGGGUGAUGAUUCUAUUCUUCAUCAUGUUAGGGACCUUGUUUCAGCUUACCGGUGAACUGAAUGUAUGUCUAACCACUGUGGAAAAAGUGCCCUUAACUCCCAGAACAUUUAAACAACAUAACAUCAUUUUUGUUAGAUAUUUCUCAUUCCUUAGUUACUCUGUUAUAACACUCCUUUGUAUUAAGUCCUGACAUUUUUGUUCGUAACACUUUGAGCACUUUAACUUACACGGUAGUCAAGUUGUACGAAUGUCCUUUUCAAAGAGUUUGCAAAAAUUGUUGUUCAGCUGCUUCAAGCCAAAAAUACUGUGCGGCAUCCAGACAUGCUGGAUGUCUACUGUUCCUUAAAAUUCAAUGUGUCACUAUUAAAUUAUGUUACAUUGUGUGUUUGUUACCAAUUUGUCAUAAUGUUGUAAUAAAUCUAUAAAAUAACA